UAUUAACGAAAGUGUAACGAAGGUGUCACGCGCUGGGAAGGAGCUUGUGUUGUAACUAGCCAAGGGAGGUAACUCUCAACAUUUCAGAAGCGGAUAGACUACGAUAUUGUACUUCUCAAGCAGCCUGUACUGAUCCCCUUUCCAGUCCAAGCCUUGAACUUGUUAUCGCAACAGAGACUUCAAUAUUUCACAAACUUACAUGAAAUGACUCCUGAAGUGCAUAAUGUGAAUUCAGUCCUGCAUCACUGGACACAGGGUGAUACCAGACUGUAUGACACGCUAUUAGAGGUUCUCAACGAUCCAGGACUUCAGUCCAGAGAACUGGUCUUCAUUUUGCAAAGUAUGCGUGGAUGUGUAGCCCAGCUUGAUCGCACUCAUGAAGUCCUUGUAGGUUCACUGAUGAAAGUAAAUUGGCCCAAUCAAGAAGAAGGAGUGAUAAGAGAGUACCGCUCCUUUCUGCUGAACCUCCUGUCAGCUCACACUUUCUACCUUAGAGCUGGAUUGCGAAUGUUAGUUCGGCACUUCUUACCAGACACAUCAGAAAGUGAACCUGAAGCUGAGACCAAGGCACUUGAAGAUAAAAAGUAUAUCAAUAUACACCUUGUGCUGAGAGCAGUAUCAUCGCUCAUUCCAAUGACAUGGACAGUGUUGAUGCCAUUGUUGUCCAAUUGCUGCCCUUUCAUCUUGCGUCCCCUCUAUCACCUGGAGUGCUUCUUCACCAACCUACUGCAAAUACCAGCCUACAUGCCAAGUCUCCGACAACCCAUCCUGGAACUAAUCGUGUCCAAACUCAUACAGUUGGAUGUUAGAAGUCCACGCUGUGAAAUUGAAUGUACUGAAGGAGACAAGCAAGAGGUAGAUCAAGUCAUGUUUCAGAUGGAGGUGCCCAGUAAACAUCAAGAUGAUAACAUGCCUGAUACUGCUGAGCAUGUGGGAGCCCAAAAGCUUGAUGUUCUCAUGGAACUGUUGCUGAAAUAUAUACAUGACACAUCCUAUAAGAAAGAUGUGUGUGAUUGGGACACCUGCAAGAAGUUGUACAGAGAAUUACUGUUAGUGUUUGAGAGAAUUGUGCUUCCAACCUGCGCCUCCAGUCACUGCCAGUUCUUUAUGUUUUACAUAUGCAGUUUUAAACCGGCUCUUGCAGAUGGCUUCAUUGAUUAUCUCUGGACCAGGUUUCAGAAUCCCAAUUCAGAGACAGUUUUCAGGCAAACAUCAGUGGCAUAUAUUGGCAGCUUCAUCUCAAGGGCAAAGUUUAUUUCUAUCAAAACUCUGAAGACCUGCAUGGAGCUGAUGGUGGAAUGGGUGCAUCGCUAUCUUGAAGAAAUCUCUGCAGAGACCAUAUUUGCAGAUGUUAGUCACCAUGCACCUUUCUACUCAGUUUGUCAGGCCAUUUUUUAUGUCUUUUGUUUUAGAAGCAAAGACAUUUUGGAUAGUGAAAAAGGUUACAAAUGGGCUGCAGGUCUACAGUUGCAGAGGAUUGUUACUUGCAGAUUAAACCCAUUAAGGUCGUGUUUGCCUCUUGUGGUUGAAACCUUUUCUUCUGUAACACGAAUAUACCAGCUGGCAUUUUGUGACACAAUCAUAGAGAAGAACAAGCGUUGCACAAUCUCUGUGUCCACACAGAAUAAUGAUGGAUUCGCUGUUCAGACUGAAAUCUUGGAUUCAUUUUUCCCGUUUGAUCCUUACUUGCUUAACAGGUCAGGAGAACUGGUCAGGCCUCUGUACAGGGAAUACACUUGUGGUGCUGUGUCCACUCCUCACACCAAGCAACAUUUGCAGAUGGAAGAUGAUGACUUCCUCACAGAAACAGAAAACAAAGUUGCUUUUGGCACAUCGGGUGCACCUAUGUCUCACUUCGGAGUCAGCCAGAAACCACCUGCAAGUACAGACUUCCUGAAUUAUGGCACUUCACCUGGUUUCAAACAUGUUUAGACAUCCCAUUCACUGUCUGUGGGCAAAGUAUGAGAGAGAGAGACAGAGACACAGACACAGAGAGAGAGACACAGACACACAGAGAGCAGUAACCUACAUUCAAUCAGUAGCAUGAAAACAAUAAGGGUCAAGGUCAUACUACACGAAUUAAUUUUCCAUUAAGGUAGCUACAGACAUGGGACUUUCUGUUUAAAAGUUGUCAUGCAUUGACCACAAGGUUUCUUCAAACCAGAAGUAUAAGAUUAAACCAGAAGUGUUUGCUUUUCGGUACCUGGUGGCACAGGCCUAAGUUUGACAUUGCAUUUAACUGCAUUUGACAACAUAAGGGAUCAAAUAUAAAUACAGACAGUGAGGUCAGCUGUCAUCUCAUUGGGUAAAGUCAAAUUUGUUCAUGAGACAUGUUUCUGGUGGGGAAGUUUCAGGUAAAUCUGGAAAUGGUGUGAAUGGGGCUGCUUUUGUUUCUAGUUGCUCUAGAAAUGUUGCUGGGUCAAAUCACCAACAACAUUUACAUAACUGAUGAUAUUGAUGAAUGUGGACUACACUGUGAAGUCACAGAAGAAGAAAUACACAAAGCCAGUGGUCAUUUAAGGAAUGGAAAAUCACCCAGUGUUGAUGAGAUUUUAAUUGAAAUACUGAGAGAUCAAGAAAAUGUCAUCAUGCCCUCCAGGAAAUAACUUUUAUUUUUACUGGGGUAUAUUCCCUGAUGUAUGGGCAGAGAGUAAUUAUUAGUCUACAACCUACAUAAAAAGGGAAAUCUCUUUUAUGGUGUAUAUCUCUGUUAUGAUUCAUGGGUAAUGUAUGUACAACUAGGUCUUUGAAAGGCAUUUAGAAGUGAUACACAUAAGGAAGAGAAAUAUGUGGAUGUCAACUUCUUUACUGUGAGGAACACAACAUUUCGGAGUAUAUGCUU